CGCCGGCCCUGGGGCAGCGUCCCCGGGGUAACUCAGUAGUCCAGGCCUGAGCUUCUGCCCGCAGGUGUCGGCGCCAAGACUCCAUGGUGGGUUUCGGGGCCAACCGGUGGGCUGGCCGCCUGCCCUCCAUCGUGCUGGUGGUGCUGCUAGUGGUAAUCAUCGUCCUUGCCUUCAACUACUGGAGCAUCUCCUCCCGCCAUGUCCUGUUCCAGGAGGAGGUGGCCGAGCUGCAGGGGCAGGUCCAGCGCAAGGUGGCCCGCGGUCGUCUGGAGAAGCGCAAUUCAGACCUCUUGCUCUUGGCGGACACGCACAAGAAAGAGAUUGACCAGAAGGAGGCCGCCUACGGCCGCCUUAGUAGCCGGCUGCAGGCCAGGGAAGGCCUGGGGAAGAGAUGCGAGGAUGACAAGGUUAAACUACAGAACAACAUAUCCUAUCAGAUGGCAGACAUACAUCAUUUAAAAGAGCAACUUGCUGAGCUUCGUCAGGAAUUUCUUCGACAAGAAGACCAGCUUCAGGACUACAGGAAGAACAAUACUUACCUUGUGAAGAGGUUAGAAUAUGAAAGCUUUCAGUGUGGACAGCAGAGCAAGGAAUUAAGAGCACAGCAUGAAGAAAAUAUUAAAAAGUUAGCAGACCAAUUUUUGCAGGAACAAAAGCCAGAGGCCCACAAAAGUCAAUCAAAUGAUGGAAAAGAAUUGGGUAUAAAUGAUCAUAUAGUACCUAAAAAUAACCCAAAAGAAGCUGAGAAUGCUGCAGAUAAAAAUGAAGAGCCCUCAAGCAAUCAUAUUCCAAACCCUCAUGGGAAAGAACAAAUCAAACGAGUUGGUGAUGCAGGGAUGCCUGGAAUAGAAGAGAAUGACCCAGCAAAGGUUGAUGACCUUCCCGCUGCUUCACAUGUAAACCACAAUGGAAACCCUGAUAUUUCAAAACAGAACCCUUCCAAUCCUCUUCAGCAUUUAAUUCCAGACUCAAAUGUGGAGACUGAAUCCAGAAUUCAAGCAGACAUACAAAAGCAGGCCACCAAGGACAGAGUCAGUGAUUUCCACAAAUUGAAGCAAAAUGAUGAAGAAUGAGAGCUUCAGAUGGAUCCUGCAGACUAUGGAAAGCAACGUUUCAAUGAUGUCCUUUAA